AUGGGACCUAAACUCCGCUGUGCGGCAAGGCUAAGGGUCCUCCUCGCCCUCUGGCUCAGGCCACAGAGUGCAGAGGCAAGGCUCUUGGAGACUCAGCUCGUGGAGGAGUGUCACGCUGAGGGGGGGCAGUGCCUUCAGCGCGCAUCACGCCUGUCCGAGCGCUAUGAAGAGCUGCUGGCGGCGGAAGCACCGCAGGAACAGGAGGUGACGAUCAUCCUAAAUCACUGGCAGCGCCCUGCCGAGAACCUCUUCGGACAACUGAGGGCAGCUGCAGCUGCACCAGAAGCGCUUGAGGUGUGGCUCUGCGUCUUUGGGUCGCCCAUGGCUGCUGAAUAUCAGGCGGUCGUGGAUGACUUCCGCAGCAGCGGGGGCAGCAAAGUCAAGCUGAUUUCGAGCGAGGUGGACUUUGGUGUUUACGGCCGCUUUCUAUUGGCUUCGGCCGCCAGGACCAGGUACGUGUACAUAGUGGACGACGACGUCCCCUUCCCAGUCUCUGCCGCAGGCCAGUACUUGCGACACAUCCGCAAACUGCCAGGAGUUUGGGGCCACGCUGGCCACAUCCGACGCAGUGACCCGGAGACGGCCAGAUGGGUCGACCGACCAAAGAAGCCGGUGGCCGUUGACUACGCCAAUGCUGCGUGGUUCCUGGAAACACGCUGGAUCGCUUCAGCGUUCCUGCGUGAGCCCCCGCUCUCACGCUUGACGGGUGAAGACAUGCACCUGAGCUACAUGCUCCGGAAGGUGCUAGGACUGCAAACGUGGGUCGUCGGCUGGAGACGCGACAAGCAUCCGCUCAGUCGCUACAAUCUCGGGAUGACCGAUCGGACCACCCUGACUCCGCCGAUUUUCUCCUUCAGAUCCUUCCUCGCGCGAGCUCAGAUGGCUCGCGGACCAGCAUUCAGGCAUCCCCCAAGCUUUGACACUUUGGCCUUUGUCGAGAAUGUCGUUCAGGCACGGCGCGUGCUGAAACUGGUGCGCCACUGUCCGAAGGCCCCCAGCCGACCUCAGACCUUGUCAUUGCUCCAUGCUGGUUUGCCAACUACGGAAGUGCAGGCAGUUGCCGCGGAGAUAUGCGCGGAGCUGGCAACUCCUUGCACCUUCGUGCCCUUCGAAGUUUGCGGCGAGGUCUGUAAUGAAAUGGGCUUCGCGGGGGUGACGACCCUGGACAUGCGUGUAGGGCAGACGGCGCUGGCACACAAUGACACUGCCAGCCUGGGAUUUCUCGCAGCUGACACGUUGGAGGCCGCCUUCAGCCUGCUGCAAGCGCUUCACGUGGCAAAGCUUUGGCUUCCGUGCGAGGAGACUUGGAGCACCCGUGCUGUGCGUCUGGCGGCCGAGCUGCACUCAGAGCGUGAGCCAGGUGGAUUGGGCAUCCGUGUCAUCCCAUGCGAAGAUGAAUCGACCAGUGCAGUUCGGUGA